GCUCUGUCGUCCCUCUCAUCACCCGUGACACUCUCAUCUUCACGCAGACAGUGGCGCACUCCGUCCCGUCUGUCAAACUCUCUUGUCUCUUCAUUCAUAGUCGCUGGCGUUCUGCCGUAGUUCAUGUGUCGCCGCCCUCCUUUGUCUCGUCGUCGCCGGCUCAGUCAAGAAGAAACAGGAUCGACCAGCAAACGCUGCCCCUUGAUCGGACGUCGUCGUAUUUUUUGCUUCGUCGCCUCCUUCUUGCCGGUUCUGUCGCCGAGCCGCUGUGGUGUGGCUGUGCUGAAGAUCCGAACUCCGAAGCUGCUCCGUCCCUGACAACUUCUACUUCUGCUUCUGUAGAUGGUACGUUGCACGCGCCCAAGUUGCUAGUUCGAUUCUAUCAUUGUCAUCUUAUAAUAAUGGAGUUGGAGAUGCAUAUGGUCCUUCCUCAAUUGCUGAGACUAGCAUGGAUUGCUGGUACACUUCCCAUUCUCAUUGCUUCAAUCCCAAUUCCCAAACUCAACUUUCUCCAUACAAUCUUGUUGGGUUUUGCUAGAAGAGGAAAAAUCAUGCACUCGACUUCCCAGAAAUUCACACUCCCUCAGAGAUUCUUCUUGCAUUUCUAUAUUGUUGCAUCAAUAUGGACAACGUUCUUGCUUGUUACAACUUGGUGUUAUGCAUACACAAUGGUGCCACCGGUUAGGAAAUCAUCUGCAUACUCUACCAUUACAAGCUACUUGAUAGGAGGCUCAGCUCUGAGAACUGGUUCAACUACAAUGCUUCAAAGGCAUGCUGUUUGGCAAGCUGUUUUUCUUCUUUUGUUAAUGGAAGCUCAAGUGUUGAGACGCCUAUUUGAAACCAUAUAUGUUUUUAAAUAUAGCCCCUCUGCCCGCAUGCACGUCCUUGGUUAUCUCACUGGAAUGUUCUUCUACCUAGCAGCACCACUGUCACUAUGUGCUGAUUGCGCCUUAGAUGUGUUUUACUUCCUAGUAAAUCUAGUCACCAAGUUCAUCGUCAUAGGCAAGGAUCAUAUGCCACCAGUGGAGGUAGAACUUUGGCAAGUUGUAAAUCCUCUCUUCAGACUUGGAUGGAGACAUUGGAUCGGCGCAACUGUUUUUUUUUUGGGUUGGAUUCAUCAACAAAGAUGCCAUAAGAUUCUUGGUUCGCUUCGAAAUUCAAGACAAGCAGAGGAAUAUGCAAUUCCUCACGGUGAUUGGUUUGAAAUUGUUUCCUGUCCACAUUAUCUCUCUGAAAUGGUUAUAUACGGCAGUUUUGUAGUUGCUACUGGAUGGUCCAAUCUAACCAUAUGGUUACUUCUUGUUUUUGUGCUGGCAAAUUUGUCGUUUGCAGCAGUGGAAACACACAGGUGGUAUCAUCAGAAAUUUGAAGAUUAUCCAAGUAGUCGGUUUGCUGUUAUACCAUAUAUUCUCUGAGAUUAUGAGAUAAAUAGACAAUACUUUUCAUGUUAGAUUGAUGUAAAGAACUUUGUUAAUUCUCAUAGAUGUGUUUUUUUUAAGGUAUGAAUGACUUGAAAGAUUAGGGUUCAUGGGGAGUAUCAUCAAUCUCCUUCAAUG